AAGUAGGUUCUUUGGUUCUCAACAAAUGUGUAUCGAAUUUCAAAACCCCCUUUCCAUUCACUUUUGUUGAAGCUUCUUCGCUUUCUCUCUCCCUUCUCUCUAAAGCUCUUUCUCUUCUUCUUUUUAGCAUUGGAGCAGCUGGUUCAUGGAUAUUGAUCUCUUGUGGGCUCUUGGGGGGUGGUUUCUUGUUCCUGAUUGCAUGGCAGCAUUUAGAACAACAACAAUCUCUGAAACCUCCACAAAAUCACACCCUUUUCUUCUCUUUCUAGCCCUUCUCUUCAUCCUCCUCAUCCUUGUCCACCCUGCUCACCAGUCAAGGCCUUCAGCCAUGGAUUCUUCAAACAUUACUCCAUCCCAAAGGCUCCUCCUCUCUUCAGACUCAUCUCCCACUUCCACUGUGAACCUGCACCCCAAGCAGACCCAUGCCUCUUCUUCUCCCUCUUCUUCCUCAUCCGCGGCGUCUUCUCGUAGAGAGUUUAAAGCCGGUGCUCAUGAAGUCCCCAGCGGCCCAAAUCCGAUAUCGAACAGGUAAGCCAGAAGCAGCUAAGCUCAUUUGCAGUGGUACUGUCUCAUGUGAAGCCGUUGAAGAUGAUGACAGAGAGUGUAACAGAGUCAUUUAUUGUACUAUUUGUCAUCUUUAUGGUCAUUAUCUCAUCAUUCACCAUUAAUACUGCUUGUCCUCAGUGAGAGGUUUGUUACCUUCUUUGUUAUUUGUUAGCAUUACUUUCUUUUCUUUUCUUUUUUUCUUGGGUUUUUGUUUUCUUUUAUUAGAAUUGUAUAGCAAGAGAGAUACUCUAUUUUUAUAUUCCUAUGUAUCCCAUCUAUAUGUUUCAUAUAUAGAUGAUGAUGUUAUGCGUAUUGUUGUUAUUUGGGAGAGAGGGAGACAGAGAGUCCACAGUUUAUAUAUAUGAUAUUGGUUUGGUUUAUUCAUAAA